AUGGUUGGAAGCGUCAGUCCUGCGGUUGUUUUCUUGACAUUCACUCCAUUGAUUUACAUAAUUGGCCAUCUGGUCUAUGCCUUGUAUCUGUCCCCGUAUGGCAGGUUUCCAGGUCCCUUCUGGGCUAAACUGACUCCGCUGUGGCUCACACUGCAAUGUCGUCGACUCCAUCGAUCGGAGGUGGUAUCAAACCUGCACAAGAAAUGUGGCGACGCCGUCCGCAUUGGACCAAGACACAUCUCUAUUGUACAUCCUGUGGCUAUGACUGAAGUGUACGGUCAUCGUGCAGGUUUGGUCAAUUCGCCCUUCUACGAUGCGCGGGGCGGAAAUGGCUCAAUCCCAGCCUUCUCAUCUCGUGCUUUGAGUGCUUUCGAGCCACAUAUGAAUCACAACAUUCUUGCCUUCAAGAAUCGUUUGCAAGCCUUGUCCAUGAAUGCUGCAUCUAGUGUGAACAUGGUCGUGGAGACUGACUACCUCGCCUUUGAUGUUAUUGGCGAUUUCGCGUGUGGACAGCCUUUUGGAUUCCUGAAAAAGGGCUAUGGCCCUUUCGGCCUGGUCUCAAUCAUCGACCGACGAGGCGAGGUGUUAAAUGCUCUUGGAACUAUGCAACUUGCACUUCGGCCAUGGAUGAAUUAUUUCUAUGUUGAUGGAUUCUGGCCCUCUGGUCUACGUGCUCGCUCCGGACUCGAACAUUUUGGACGCCAAGCAUUCCAGCGUCGACAGCAGGAAAAGUCAGGUCGAAGCGACCUGUUGACGUACUUGCUCGCCUCCGUGAAUGCCAGGGACAGACAAUCAAUUCCCGAGGAGGAAGUCAUUGCUGAGGCUAUCAGCUUCAUCGUGGGUGGAAGCGAUACUACAAGCAGCACAAUGGCAACAUUCUUUGAUAACGUUGCCAGGGACCAGAAGAUGCAGCGCAGGUUGCAGGACGAGCUGGAUGAAGUGUUUGUACAGCCACUUGAUGAUAAUUGGGUAGCGCCAGAUGCAAAAGUCAGCAAACUUGUGCUGUUGCAAGCAGCGCUACGCGAAGCGAUGCGAGUACGGCCAACAAGCUCAACGGGCUUGGAGAGGCUCGUGGGCAAAGGUGGAAAACGGAUUGCUGGCCUUUGGCUGCCUGAAUAUACAAUAGUCAGUGUUCCAACGUACGAUACCAUGCACGACGCGGCAAUAUUUCCAAAUCCAUCAGAAUUCGACAUGGAUCGCUGGCUUCACCCCGAGUCUGGUCAGCUUCUCGAGCACUUUGUUCCGUUCUCGACGGGACAUCGUGCAUGCAUUGGAAGAAAGUAA